CGGCGCUUCCUAACAAGAUGGCGGAUAUUAGCGUCAGGGUACUAGCCAAGUUUCCGUACUGUAUGUACACUGUGCUGUGGCAGGGGCACAGUGUCUGUGGUUUCUGGUUUGUCUAAAUGUCUAUGCUAUUACUGUGUCAGUGUAAUAAUAAAUAAUUAUUAAGAAAAUCAAUUUUGUUUUUUAUUUGUAAUUAUUAUUACUGUACCAAAUCAGAAGGUUAAAAAUUGAAUAAUAUUUGCUAUGGAUUAUGAAGGAGAAGAGUAUGGAUGCCACAGUGGAUCUAGUCCAGUCCAGAUUGAGUCAGACGACUUGGAUGGUCAAGGUCGAGUCAACUCAAGGUCAAUGACACAUGCAUCACAAGGACCAGACAUGGACAACUGUGACUGGCCAACCGAUGAACUGGAUCAAGAUCAGGACUUCAUUGAAGGAGAGUAUCAUAUUCAAAAUGGCAUCACAAACCAGGAUGUUUAUUUGGGAAACAGUUAUUCCAAAUAUCCAGUUGAAAUGAUAGUUAUCAAGCCAGAUGUACCAGCUGCAGAAGAAGAAGAAGAAGAGGAGGAAGAAGAUGAAGAACAACAACAAGAUAAAGUAGAAGUAGAAGUGAAGAAUCAAGAGAUCAAGCAAAAUAGUGUCACAAGUUUGCAGAUUGAAAGCAUCUAUUCUAAUUCAUCAGAUAGACUGAACUGUCAUCCCUCUAUACCUGAAGACAUGAAUGUUGAAAAAUCAUUUGAAGCCAAUGAUUCAGAUACAUUAGUGCAGAUUGAUGACAAUUCUUCUGAUACCUUAGCAAAUUCUGAAAGUAAAAGUAUAUCAUCAGGACUCUGUGUACCAUACUUUGAGGAACAAGGAGGUACAAGCUCCAUCAAUGAUGAGACUCUCGGAAACAAUUUGAGGAAUGAUCGUAAUGAAUGCAAUGAGGUAGACUCAUUAAUUGAAAAUGCAAGAAACAAUGUGAUUCAUGAAGAAAUUGAUAGUGGAUCAACCAACUGUCAGAAGUGUGGUGAAUCAUUCAGCAACAUCAGAGAACUGAAUUCCCAUUGUAGAAUGCUCACAUGUAGAGAACAAUACAAGUGCAAAUACUGUGGCUACAAAACAAUAUACAAAUCAAAUCUGGCCAAACAUUCAAGAACUCAUACUGGAGAAAAACCCUUUAGCUGUAAUUUCUGUGAUUACAAAUCAAUACAUAAAUCAUCUCUCACCAAUCAUCUAAGGAAUCACACUGGAGAAAGACCCCACAGCUGUCAUCUUUGUGACUACAAAGCAGCACAAAAACAAACUCUUCUCUCUCAUUUGAGGACCCACACAGGAGACAGACCCUUUAAAUGUGAUUUCUGUGACUACAAAUCAACACAGAAAUCAGCUGUAACCAAUCAUCUAAAAACUCACACAGGAGAAGGACUCUUCAGCUGUGAAUUCUGUGACUUCAAAGCAACACAGAAACAAAAUCUGAGCAUCCAUUUGAGGACCCACACCGGAGAAAGACCCUUCAGCUGUGAAUUUUGUGGCUUCAGAGCAACACAGAAAUCAUCUCUUCUCUCUCAUUUAAAGACUCACACAGGAGAAAAACCCUUUAGCUGUAAUUUUUGUGACUACAAAUCAACACGGAAAUCAGCUCUAAUCAGACAUCUUAAAAUUCACACAGGUGAAAAACCCUACAGCUGUGAUCUAUGUGAUUACAAAGCAAAAGAGAAAGGAGAUCUCAUCAAACAUUCAACAACUCACACAGGUGAAAGACCCUACAGCUGUCAUAUCUGUCACUACAAAGCAGCACGAAAAGCAUAUCUCAAAACUCACUUAGAGGCACACAAAAGAAAUACCUUACAGCUAAGAUUUCGCUGAUUACAAGGCAUCACAUCUGAGAACACACACAGGAGAACAGUGAUUUCUAUUACUACAAAGCAACAAAGAAAUCUGAUCUCUGAAGAUUCAAGGACACAUACUGGAGAAAGACUCUUCAGCUGUGAUGUUUUCAACUACCUACAAAGGAAAAUGGAAACCAGUUAUCACCAAACAUCUAAGGACUGACACAGGAAAAAAUAUUCAACUGUGAUUAUCACUUUUACUCACCUGAAGAUAUAUCUGACAACUCAUUUAGAUUGAACUUACUACAGGAUUUCAUAUAACAUAGCAGUCAACUCUCUACAGUUGAUUCAAAUACAGUUUGUGUGCUGGGGCACCUGGAUAGACACACUUAAGGCUGUUUAUCAUUUGAAUUUGAUAAUCUUUUUCAAUACAAUUGUUAAGAUCAUUUAUAAGAGUGAGAAAAAGUGGCAACUGAAAUUUUUAAGUGGUCUAAUAAGCGAGUUAUGGGUUGUUGAAGUGCUAAACUCCGUUUUCUUUCCAGAUCAUAAACGGUUUUCGACUAUUUUAACAGAACUUAGAAAUUCAAAAAAUGUAUCUUCCCAAACUAAAACAUUUUAUUCCUCAUAUUGUUCUUAAAUAAAAGAUUAACAUUUUUUGUAAAUUCGAUAACUCGUUAAUUUUGGCAUAAAUUGCAAAAAAAACGCAUAUUAGAACAAAGCCAAUGAUAUUCUGAAUGUAUUA